UACAAACCUAAUGUGGUGGUGCAGCCAUGGGGUUGCUCAACUGGACCAUUUCUCCAGCAGCCAGGGUGAUGGACCCCCUUGACGGAAGAAUUCAACAUCUGGGCUGGAAUAUACCAAGUGAAGAGCUCAUCCACAUUCCAGAACAUUGGCUAGCAUUUCCUGACGUGGAUAAGAGCCUUCAUUUCAUGCUCGGCAUCGUUUACUUCUUUUUCUUUAUAGCUGCGAUGACUGGAAAUGGAAUGGUGCUAUGGAUAUUUUCCUCGGCAAAAUCUCUUCGAACAGCGUCCAAUAUGUUCGUGGUAAACCUAGCCUUCUGUGAUUUCUUCAUGAUGCUGAAAGCCCCAAUUUUCCUAUACAACGCCUUCCAUCACGGGUAUGCUUUGGGUCAUACGGGUUGCCAAAUUUUUGCAGCCAUGGGAUCACUAUCAGGAAUAGGUGCAGGAAUGACAAAUGCUUGUAUAGCCUACGACAGAUAUACAACAAUCACCAGACCGUUUGAUGGAAAAAUUUCUAAAGUGAAGGCUUUUUUAAUGAUCAUCUUAGUAUGGAUUUACACUGUACCUUGGACGAUUUUUCCUUUAUUGGAAAUUUGGGGACGAUUUUCUCCAGAGGGCUUUUUAACUACUUGUAGUUUUGACUACUUGACUAGGACUUUCACUAAUAGGGUGUUUGUUGGUACCAUCUUUACGUUCUCAUACGUCUUCCCAAUGUCACUGAUAAUCUAUUUCUACAGCCAGAUUGUCAGCAAAGUAUUCAGCCAUGAAAAAGCGUUAAGAGAACAGGCAAAGAAAAUGAACGUAGAGUCCCUUCGAGCUAACCAGCAACAACAGAACGAAUCUGCGGAGAUGAGGAUAGCUAAGGCUGCACUGACUGUAUGUUUCUUGUUCGUUGCUUCCUGGACACCUUACGCUGUUCUGGCGCUGAUAGGGGCGUUUGGGGACCAGUCGUUACUAACUCCUGGAGUGUCUAUGAUACCUGCAUGUACUUGCAAACUGGUAGCUUGUAUAGAUCCUUAUAUUUAUGCAAUCAGCCAUCCAAGAUAUAGACAGGAGCUUCAGAAACGCCUUCCUUGGUUAGGUGUAAAUGAACCAUCUGAUACACACUCUACUGCCACGGAAGCAACAGCACAGCAAUCUGCAACAGCGUAGUGUCUGUAGAAGGAUUGAUUAUUCGAGAUUUGUCUGAUUUUGGAGUUUAAGUGAUGUUUUUGAUGUUUACAAGAUUCAAAAUCAUAUUGUUUUCACAUUUUUCUAGUUCACUUGAACAUCAUAUUAUUCGAAAAUUCCAAAAUGAUAAGUAAAAUGGCAAGAAAUUAUAUAUUUAUCAGAAAUCUUCUACUUCUCUUUUCUGAAGGAAAACACUUGUUUGGAAAAAAGGAUAUUUAAAUAACGAAGAACAAUAAUGUGAAAAUAAUAUGAUGGUUCUUAAUUACAAGAAUAUUAAGAAUAUUGCAUAAUUAUUAUUAUUGGAAAAAGUGUAUGCGUCUUCUAAAAUAUACAUUUUUGCAAUGAACAUGUAAUAUUUAUCACAAAAAACGUUGCGAACUUUGUAUAUCUCAUUUUAUGCUAGAAAAUCAGUUAUAUAAUUCUCAAAUAACAUACUAGAUUUGUAUCGAAAUGAAGAUUUUGGAAAUCAUUGGAAAAAUGACACGGCUAUUCAAAAAGGUAUUUGCAUUUGAUAACACUAUAAUAUUGUCUGUGGUAUAACCACACCCGUUUAAAAACAAAGUAAAAAUUUCUUAAAAACAUUGAGUUGUUGUCUAAUAUCUCUAAUUUCAAUUAAAAGAGAAAUUUAGAAGUAUGUAAAUGUAAGGCAUUUGAAAAUUUUGAACUACCUACCUGUUACCAAAAUGUUAUCAAAUAAACUGUACAUAUUAUGUAAUCAAAUAUAACACAAGCAAUUAAUUA